AAAAGACACAGAGCUCGUGCACGCAUUCGAGCGCGUUCCCGUUUUCUGCUGCGCACAGACAGCCGGUGCGGAGAGACGGUGAGGGAGGAGAGGCUGCUAUUACUAGUGACAGGAACGGCAGCGAGCACAUACAGUCUGGAGAGCAGCUGAUGCGACAAGAUGCUGAGCGUCGCCUUGCUCUGUGUGUGCGCCGUCGCCUUUGGACACGUCUCCGCUCGCUCCGACAGCGGCAAUUUUCUGGAUGAUAAGUGGCUCACGGGGAAAUGGGAUAAAUUCAGAGAUGAAGUUGAGGAGCCUGGAACAUGGACUCCAUCCAAGCCCUUUGAUCAAGGCCUUGAUCCAGCCAAAGACCCUUGUCUGAAAAUCAAAUGCAGUCGCCACAAGGUGUGUGUGGCUGAGGAUUAUAAGACUGCCACUUGUGUCAGCCAGAGGCGAGUUAGCUUUAAAGAUGCCAAUCUGUACCAGAGUCCAGGGUCAAAGUGCACACCGUGCCCCGUGGUUCACCCCUCGCCCGUAUGUGGAAGUGAUGGCCACACCUACUCCACCAAGUGUAAGUUAGACUACCAGGCAUGCAUCACGGGAAAGAAGAUUACUGUGAAGUGCCCUGGCAUGUGUCCUUGUCCGUCUCAGCUUGAACAGAGCUCUGCAGAGAAGAAAGUGUGCAGCGAGUCGGAGCUGAAGGAGGUGGUGAGCCGUCUGAGAGACUGGUUCAGAGUGCUGCAUGAGAACGGCAACCACAAGAGGGUCAAGAUCCAGAAGCCAGAGAAGAACAAGUUUGAAGUUGGGGCAUCACCUAUUUGUAAGGACCCUCUGGGUUGGAUGUUCUCCCGGCUGGACACUAACUUUGACCUACAGCUGGACCAAUCAGAGAUCAGGAGCCUCUAUCUGGACAGGAAUGAGCCAUGCUCAGACGCUUUCUUCAAAUCUUGCGAUAUAAACGCAGACAAAUUUAUAACCAGCUCUGAGUGGUGCACAGGCUUCCAGAGGUACACAGAUUCCCCAUGCAAAGCAGAGCUGUCCAUUAUCAACAAAAAGCAAGCAGGCAAGAAGUUACUCGGUCAGUAUUUGCCAUCUUGUGAUGAGGAAGGUUACUAUCGGACCCACCAGUGUCACAGCAGCAGCGGCCAGUGCUGGUGUGUGGAUCGCUAUGGCAACGAGGUGGCUGGCUCACGCACUCAUGGCCCUGCAGACUGCGGUGUGAUUUUGGAAUCUUCCGGAGACCUUGGCAGUGGAGACUCGCUGUUCACUGAUGACGAUGAAGACUCGUUUGUCCUCAAUGACCAGACCGGUAUGGAUGACGAGGACAUUGAAGAUGAGGAUGAUGAUGAUGACGACGAAUACCUGUCAUAAAUUUAAAAAAAAAAGAAAAAAAAGAAAAAAAAAGUGAAAACUGUUUGUCUGGUCAAACUGCACGUUUCUAGGUGACUCCCCGGGCAGAUACUUAAUCGUACUAACAGCCUAUGGACUACUCUCUGUGUAUUGUUUGUUCAUAAGUUAGAAAAAAAAAAUCAGUAUUCCUGGAAAAAAGUUUAUGAUUUCUGUUCCUGUUUAAGUAUAAAAUAUGAGUGGUUCAUGGCACUUGUUCACUUGUGUGUCAGCCAACCAGAGAAUAUUAUAAGGACUAAUCGAUAGCCAAUCCACUGCGUUGGAUUUGGUCACAUGUGCAAAGACCUUUCCCUUCAUUGGACAGUCCGUGUCCUCCAGUCUGUGUCCUGUCUUUGAGCACCACUCCGAUGCCCGAGUGUGUUGAUGCCAAAGGCACAAUGUUAAAGAGAUUUCCCCCCUUUCUUCAUUCCUCCAUCUUCUCCCCCGCACCCACCUCUUUAAUCCUUAUCAAAUGUUCCUGUUGUAUAGGUGGGAUGUUGAUGAUGUAGAUAAGAGAAUAUUGCACUCUUUAGGUUUCUUUUGAUCUUGAUUUGUAACUGUGACUGUAACUGUGUGGAAAAACAAGAUAAGAGUUAGACAUGCUUCAUUAGGAGAAUUAAGGCAAAAAAUAAAACCAACAAAAAAUGCCAGUUGGAUAACAAUCAGAAGCGAUGUGCUAGCUGUUUUCAAUGAGACACAAAUCAAAUGCUCAGCAACAAGGAAAGACAAAUUACUAUAUGGCCGGUGGUGGUGUUGGUGGGGUAUUACUGUUAUCUGGUUUCUGAUCCACUUUAGGAUGAAUACAGAAGAUGAAACAGAUUUGUCUUAGCAUGUCCAAUACUGCGUGAUGUUGUUUCUAUUGAACCCGAGGCCAAACCUUUGAGGAACUCAAAAAAACAACAGAGGUUGAGGUUGGGGGGGGGGGGGAAUCCUUCAAGCGUUUAUAGAUGAGACUACGCUUGGAUAGUUGUAAAGUGCUUCAGCCACAAAUCUAUGUGAUUAAACUUGUUUAUUGACCUUUAAUGGGUCGAUGAGCGCAAAGAAAACCGCUGAAAAAUUGUUUAAAAGAUAGUGUGCAGUUGAUUUUUUUUGCGUUUUCACAUACGAGUCUCCGACUUAACGUGUUAGCACACAGAGUAACAGAACAAGUCUCCUGCACAGCAGUAACAACAUAGAUCCAUGCAGAUCUGAUGACAUUAUAUGUUAGGGGAAGGUUAAAGGGGAAAGGUGUGCCUUGUAGUGGUGGUCGAAGUGGGGGAAGCAUGAUUUCUGGACUGACUUAAACGCACCGUUACACUGCAUAAGAGCGGCUUCACUGUUAAGCCUGUAUACUAUUUGGACUUUGGUCUGGCAUGUGUUUUGGGUCUCUCUUAUGAUGGUGUUACUUAGGCCAUACUUCAGAUUUUCUGAUUUGUUACAUAGGAUAGCUAGAAUGUAGAUAAGCACAGAGAUGCUUAGCAGUUAAGGCGUAAAAACACUUAGAUUCUGCUGGAUUUGAAAAUGUUUUAUAUAUUAUACACUGGCUAGAGGAAGCUUUGGUUUAGACAGCUUUAUAUGAGAAGACAAUGUUCAUCUUACAGUGUUUGCUUUUACUUUGUUUCAAAAGCUUGAUUUGUAUCUGAUCUGCUAUAAACUACUUAUUGUGUGUAUCUGUCAGGGUUGAAAACUGAAUCUGAUCCCAGAUGUGUAUUGUCGAUAAGUCACGUGACUGUCUAUGCAGACCCGGGAUCAUCUAAGCUCCUAUGUUAAUUUUCAUUGAUUAGUCUGCCGUUGGGCUUCAUUUUGGAUCAAAUAUCUGUUGAAAUUCCAUGUUAACACAUUAAAAGUGCCAUGUAACUGUUAUUUUUUUUUUCUCCAUCUCUAACUUUUGUUUUUUGCUCUCCUCGUUCGCUCUAACAUGGAAUUUCAAUUCACUUUAUGAACCGGAAAGCAUUUCGGUCUUAAAGUGUGCCGUUUCAUGAGUGUAACAACGUGCAAAUCAUUUUGAUGACCUCAGACACUGUAGCCACUCUCAACCAAUCACACACUGUCAUCACAGCUCUGAUAGUGUUUAAAGGUUAUGAUACAGAUGCAUUUUUUUACAGUCUAUGUAUGAUUUGCUGAAAUAAAAACUAUAUUGACCAA